GAAAGACCUUUAAUGUAGGCUACGACCUCAACCUCACAGUAAAAAGCACGUUUUCCCAAAUCCCCUGGAUUCAUAUAGCCUGCUUCUUAAUUUUAUUGGCCUUCAGACAGCAAGUUACUCACAGUUCCUUUAAGCAACGCUUUAAAACUGUGCUUUAGUUUCGCUUCACUGUUGUACACAGACACUCCUCCUAACUGAAGUACGAGACGCUUUUUAACACUUAAAUUUCACCUGUAGCCUAUAUCAUUAUCAGCCGCAUCCACAUUGAGAAGAAACCUGGAAUCAACUUAUUUACCCUUUACUUGCUAAAUGUAACAAUUGGGAACACGGCAUUGUCAUCUAACCACAACACAAGCCCGGUGAGACCUUUUCGCAACCCGUCUUUCACACGUCGCAGUUCCGGGUCUUUUUGUAGGUUGGGAUAGUGACUAUGGAAGUAUGAGCGACGCGCUGGAGUUGAAGCCCAUUCAAGUUGUCUGUGACAACAAUAACGUCUCGAGUGACCAAACGAUUGAGGUGAUUCCAGGGAAUGGUGCUUGCUCAGGCCACGUCAGUUCAGAGAGAAAUGAAGAGUCCCCUUUGCUAUCAACAACACAGGUUGCUGAGGACAAUAGGGAACAGCACCUCCAUGUGGAUGGAGGCGUCGAUACUGACUCUCUAAGUCAACCCAAGUGGCAGAGGGAGCUGCGGAGAGUCAAGAGAGAACUGAAUGAGGUGGUGGUGUGGAAACUCAAACUAUGGACAUUGAUACUUAUCAUCUUUAUUGCCAUUGCUCUGGUUAUUGGGAUCUCAAUCAUUGUGUGCGCAGUUGGUCAUGACGAUGAGGAUGAAAAAUAUGACAAAUCAUCAUUUGUGGUGCCGCGCUUCUUCAGAGGGAAUUUCACGCUGGAUGCUAAAAGUUUAAAUUCAGACACUCAGGACGAAGAGACUAUGAUAGAGCUGAAACAGCAGCUGACAGGAGUCUACAGUUCUUCUCCUGCAUUGGAGCGGUACUUCUCCAAUGUCACCAUAAACAAUCUCCAGGACACUACAGGCCAGUUUAAGCUACAGUUCAUGAUGCCUUUAAAACAUGAGGAGUUGAUACGCUACACUUUGAGUCUAAAGAUGGUUAAAAAUGUGCUGCUCCAACACUUGUAUGAUCGAGACACUGGAGACCCUUUCUAUAUCAUACCGACAUCACUCCACAUGGAAGCUGGAUAAAUAAGCAAAAUCUGAAUUACAAGAUGGAUGAUCUAAAUUGAAUCACUGGUCCCUUCAUCAGAAAACAAAACAUUCCAAACAUCACAUUAUUUCAUUUGACUGCCUUCUGCACUCUUUAACAGAUCUCUUAUAUAGUAUAUAUAAUAAUUAUAUAGUAAUUAUCCACCAUUAAUAAUUAACUGUCUU